AGCCCCCGCCCGCAGCCCCGCCCGCCGCUCCGCGCAGGCGCCGUGGCGACGCCGGAACCGCUAUAAGGGAUGUUGUUUGGCUUCGCGGCCGCUGAGUGGAAAAGCCGCAGCGGGGGCAGUCGCCGGGUGGAGAUCUUCAAAGUGAAAAUACACGUGUAAACCCUGGCGUUUACAGAAGAUGAAAGACAUCGACAUAGGAAAAGAGUACAUUAUACCCAGUCCUGGGUAUAGAAGUGUGAGGGAGAGAGCCAACUCAGUGCAGCAUGAAGAGCAGGAAGGGUCGAAAUUUCAGCACACUAAACAUACGCAGAUAGAAUGCCAGGAUGCCUUAGAAGCAGCGGCUCGCGCAGAGGGCCUUCCGCUGGACACCUCCGUGCACUCCCAGCUGAGAAUGCUAGAUGAAGAGCAUCAUAAGGGCAAAUACCACCAUGGCCUGAAUGCGCUGAAACCCAUACGGACUACUUCCAAACACCAGCACCCUGUUGAUAAUGCUGGGCUUUUCUCCUGCAUGACCUUCUCCUGGCUCACUCCUUUGGCCUGCAAAGCAUACAAAAAAGGGGAAUUGUUUAUGGAUGAUGUAUGGGCUUUGUCAAGGCAUGAGUCUUCAGAUGUCAACUGUAGAAGGCUGGAGAGAUUGUGGCAGGAAGAACUGAAAGAAACUGGACCUGAUGAUGCUUCUCUCCGGAGGGUUGUGUGGAUUUUCUGCCGCACCAGACUCAUCAUUUCCAUAGUGUGUCUGAUGAUCACGCAGCUCGCAGGUUUUAGUGGACCAGCAUUCGUUGUGAAACAUCUCUUGGAAUAUACACAGCAGAGUGAGUCCAGGCUGCAGUACAGCUUGUUUUUAGUUUUUGGCAUCUUUAUGACGGAAAUAGUGCGAUCCUGGUCCCUUGCACUAACCUGGGCCUUAAAUUACCGCACGGGGGUUAGACUGCGUGGAGCUAUCUUGACAAUGGCAUUUAAGAAAAUUCUCAAGCUGAAGAAUAUCAAGGAGAAGUCUCUUGGAGAGCUCAUAAAUGUAUGUUCCAAUGAUGGUCAAAGGAUGUUUGAAGCUGCAGCAGUUGGCAGUUUGUUGGCUGGGGGCCCUAUCGUGGCCAUCUUAGGAAUGGUUUAUAAUGUGAUCGUUCUGGGUCCAACAGGCUUCUUGGGCUCUGCUGUCUUCAUCCUUUUCUACCCAGCAAUGAUGUUUGUAUCACGCCUCACGGCUUAUUUCAGAAGAAAAUGUGUAUCAACAACAGAUGAACGUGUGCAGAAGAUGAACGAAGUUCUCAAUUACAUUAAGUUCAUUAAAAUGUAUGCCUGGGUCAAAGCAUUUUCUCAGAAUGUUCAAAAAAUUCGGGAGGAAGAACGUAAAAUCUUAGAGCGUGCAGGCUACUUCCAGAGCAUCACUGUGGGUGUGGCUCCCAUAGUUGUAGUUAUUGCCAGUGUGGUGACGUUUUCUGUCCAUAUGAUCCUUGGCUACGAUCUUACAGCAGCUCAGGCAUUCACAGUGGUCACUGUCUUUAAUUCAAUGACUUUUGCUCUAAAAGUAACACCUUUCUCAGUGAAGUCUCUGUCUGAGGCAUCUGUUUCUGUUGACAGAUUUAAGAGUUUAUUUCUAAUGGAAGAGGUUCAUAUGAUAAAGAAAAAACCAGCCAAUCCUCACACCGCGAUAGAGGUGAAAAAUGCUACCUUGGCUUGGGACUUCUCCCACGCCAGCGUCCAGAGCUCACCAAAGUUGACCCCCAAAGUGAAAAAAGACAAGAAAGUCACGAAGGGCAAGAAAGAGAAAAUGAAGCUGCAGAAUGAGGGACAGCAAGCUGUGCUGGCAGAGCAGAAGGGCCAUCUUCUAGUGGACAGUGAUGACCAUCCUAGCCCUGAAGAGGAGAACAAAAUCAUCCACCUGGUUAACCUUCGGCUUCAGAGGACUCUCUACAACAUUGACUUGGAGAUAGAAAAGGGAAAACUUGUUGGAAUUUGUGGUAGUGUGGGGAGCGGAAAAACUUCACUUAUUUCAGCUAUUUUAGGACAGAUGACCCUGCUGGAGGGUAGCAUUGCAGUAAGUGGAACAUUUGCUUAUGUGGCCCAGCAGGCCUGGAUUCUCAAUGCGACACUGAAAGACAACAUUCUGUUUGGAAAGGAAUAUGAUGAAGAAAGAUAUAAUACUGUGUUGAAUGGUUGCUGUCUGAGACCUGACCUAGCCAUCCUUCCAAAUGGGGACCUGACAGAGAUUGGUGAACGAGGGGCUAACCUGAGUGGAGGACAGCGUCAGAGAAUCAGUCUGGCUCGAGCACUGUACAGUGACAGGAGCAUUUAUAUCCUUGAUGAUCCCCUUAGUGCCUUAGAUGCUCAUGUGGGAAAUCACAUUUUUAACAGUGCAAUAAGGAAGCACCUGAAGUCAAAGACUGUCCUUUUCAUCACUCAUCAGCUUCAGUAUCUUGUUGAUUGUGAUGAGGUGGUUUUCAUGAAAGAAGGCUGCAUUACUGAGCGAGGAAGUCAUGAGGAACUGAUGAAUUUAAAUGGUGACUAUGCAACCAUUUUUAAUAACCUGCAGCUGGGAGAAACACCACAUAUAGAGAUUAAUAUAAAGAAGAACACAAACAGUUCACUGAAAAGACCUCAGGAUAAAAGUACCAAAGCAGGGUCUGUGAAGAAGGAGAAAGUUGUGAAGAAGGAAGAGGGCCAAUUGGUGCAGUUGGAAGAGAAAGGCAAAGGCUCUGUCCCCUGGUCUGUUUAUGGCAUCUACAUUCAGGCAGCUGGAGGCCCCUUUGCGUUUCUCAUCAUCAUGGCACUCUUUGUGCUGAAUGUGGGCAGCACAGCUUUUAGCAACUGGUGGCUGAGUUUCUGGAUAAAGCAAGGCAGUGGAAACACCACUGUGACUUUGGGAAAUGAUACUGUCAUAAGCAACAGUAUGAAAGAUAACCCUCACAUGCAGUACUAUGCUGGCAUUUAUGCUCUGUCUAUGGCAGUCAUGUUGAUCCUGAAAGCUGUUCGUGGCGUUGUCUUCGUAAAGGGAACUCUCAGAGCAUCCUCAAGGCUACACGAUGAGCUCUUCCGACGGAUUCUGCGUAGCCCCAUGAAGUUCUUUGACACUACACCAACUGGACGGAUUCUCAACAGAUUUUCCAAAGACAUGGAUGAAGUUGAUGUUCGUUUGCCAUUUCAAGCUGAAAUGUUCAUCCAGAAUGUCAUUCUUGUGUUCUUCUGUGUGGGGGUGAUUUCUGGAGUUUUUCCUUGGUUCCUGGUGGCAGUGGGGCCCCUCAUUGUCCUGUUCACAGUUCUGCAUGUUGUGUCUAGAGUCUUUAUUCGAGAGCUGAAGCGUCUGGACAACAUCACACAAUCUCCAUUUCUGUCUCACAUUACAUCUAGCAUACAGGGUCUCUCCACAAUCCAUGCCUAUCACAAAGGACAAGAAUUCCUGCACAGGUAUCAGGAGCUGCUAGAUGACAAUCAGGCACCAUUUUACCUGUUCAGCUGUGCAAUGCGCUGGCUGGCUGUACGACUGGACAUUAUCAGCAUUGCUCUCAUUACAACCACUGGCCUUAUGAUUGUCUUAAUGCAUGGCCAGAUUCCUCCUGCCUAUGCUGGGCUAGCUAUCUCAUAUGCUGUGCAGUUAACAGGGUUAUUCCAGUUUACAGUCAGACUUGCUUCAGAAACAGAAGCUCGCUUCACCUCAGUGGAGAGAAUUGAUCACUACAUCAAGACUCUUUCCUUGGAAGCUCCAGCUCGAAUUAAGAAUAAAACUCCUCCUCUGGACUGGCCACAGGAAGGUGAAGUUGUUUUUGAAAAUGCAGAGAUGCGGUACCGAGAGAACCUCCCUCUAGUGCUGAAGAAAGUGUCCUUUACCAUCAAACCAAAGGAAAAGAUUGGUAUUGUGGGACGGACAGGCUCAGGGAAAUCUUCUCUUGGAAUGGCACUCUUUCGUCUGGUUGAACUAUCUGGAGGCUGUAUUAAAAUUGAUGGAGUGAAGAUAAAUGACAUUGGUUUAGCAGAUCUUCGCAGCAAACUCUCAAUAAUUCCUCAGGAACCUGUGCUGUUCAGUGGCACUGUGAGGUCAAACUUGGAUCCUUUCAAUCAGUACAGUGAGGAACAAAUCUGGGAUGCUUUGGAAAGGACUCACAUGAAGGAAUGUGUUGCCCAGCUGCCCAUGAAACUUGAAUCAGAAGUGAUGGAAAAUGGGGAAAACUUUUCAGUUGGGGAGAGACAGUUACUGUGCAUAGCUAGAGCCCUGCUGCGUCGCUGCAAGAUUUUGAUACUGGAUGAGGCUACAGCUGCUAUGGACACAGAGACCGACUUACUGAUUCAGGAGACUAUCAGAGAGGCAUUCGCAGACUGUACUAUGCUAACAAUUGCUCAUCGCUUGCAUACUGUACUGGGCUCCGAUCGGAUCAUGGUGCUAACACAAGGACAGGUAGUGGAAUUCGACACGCCGUCUGCCCUUCUGGCCAAUGAGAACUCACGCUUCUAUGCUAUGUUUGCUGCUGCGGAGAACAAGAUUUGGUGGCUGGAUCCAGAACUGACGUAUGGCAAUGCCAAGCCAUUUGUCUUCACGCAGGGCCACUCAGUGUGUAACCGGUCUUUCUUCCCCUGCUUUGACACACCAGCAGUGAAAUGUACCUAUUCAGCUACUGUUAAGGCUCCAGCAGGCAUCCAGGUGUUGAUGAGUGCCACUCAAAGUACCUACUUAGAAGAGGAAGGUGUAUACCAGUUUUACAUGGAAUAUCCAGUUCCUGCCUACCUAGUGGCCCUGGUGGCAGGAGAUCUUAUACAUGCAGACAUAGGUCCAAGGAGCAGAGUGUGGGCAGAGCCUUGCCUGCUGCCAACAGCCAUCAGCAAGCUUUCUGGCAUGGUAGAGCGCUGGUUGAGCGCUGCAGAGAGUCUGUAUGGCCCAUAUAUAUGGGGAAGAUAUGACAUUGUUUUUCUUCCUCCAUCCUUCCCUAUUGUUGCCAUGGAAAACCCAUGCCUGACCUUCAUCAUCUCUUCCAUUCUGGAGAGCGAUGAAUUUCUAAUUAUUGAUGUCAUUCAUGAAGUUGCCCACAGCUGGUUUGGAAACGCAGUCACCAAUGCUACUUGGGAAGAGAUGUGGCUGAGCGAGGGGCUAGCCACAUAUGCCCAGCGCCGGAUCACCACUGAGACCUAUGGAGCUGCCUUCACGUGCUUGGAGACUGCAUUCCGCCUUGAUGCUCUCCACAGACAAAUGAAGCUCCUUGGAGAAGACAACCCCGUCAGCAAGCUUCAGGUUAAACUGGAGCCAGGUGUAAAUCCUAGUAAUUUAAUGAACCUCUUCACCUAUGAGAAAGGCUACUGCUUUGUUUACUACCUGUCCCAGCUCUGUGGAGACCCAAGACACUUUGACUCCUUCCUAAGAGCCUAUAUUGAGAAGUACAAAUUUACCAGUGUUGUGGCUCAAGAUCUUCUGGAUUCCUUCCUGAAUUUUUUUCCAGAGCUGAAAGAGCAAUGUGUUGAGAGCAAAGCAGGACUGGAGUUUGAACGUUGGCUUAAUGCUACAGGACCUCCGUUAGCUGAGCCAGAUUUAUCUCAGGGAUCCAGUCUGACCAAACCAGUGGAGAAUCUCUUCAAACUCUGGACCACCGAGCCGCUGGAUUCUGCUGCUGCUGCCAGCAGUGUUGACCUCACUAAAUGGAGAACGUUUCAAACCGUGCUUUUCUUGGACAGAUUGCUGGAUGGGUCACCACUGCCACAUGUGGUGAUAAAAAAGCUUUCGGAAUGUUACUCCUCUCAGCUGGACUCCAUGAAUGCAGAGAUCCGUAUCCGCUGGUUGCAGAUUGUAGUCCGAAAUGACUAUUAUCCAGACCUUUACAAAGUCCGUCGCUUCUUGGAAAACCAGAUGUCUCGGAUGUACACAAUUCCACUUUAUGAGGACCUUUGCACUGGCACCCUGAAGUCUUUUGCCUUAGAAAUUUUUUACCAGACCCAAAACCAGCUGCACCCCAAUUUGCGGAAAACCAUCCAGCAGAUCUUAUCACAGGGCUUGAAUCCACUUCCUGCCAUAGACACUACAGCAGUCACUACAGACACACCAGCAAUGGUGCUUGAGGACAAAGUCUCAGAGGCCACUAACGGUGCCAUUUCACUCAGGGAUGUUAAUGUGUCUGCUUAGAUCACCAGCUCAUGCCAGCCAUGAAGCUUGAAAGGGGGGACAGGAACAGAGGAAAGAUACAAAGUGUCACCUCCUUUCCCUCAGCCCUGCGGCUGCAGUGUAUUGUUGUAACUGGAUUUCUUUUCCCAAAACACAAAGCAAAUGUGCCUUCAAGUACCCAGCAUGUGACACUGCCAGGCUUCAGAGAUCUCCUUCAGCUGUGGGAUGGAUAUUUUGAUUCAGUUUAUACUGAGCAGGGACUCCUGGGCAGUUGCUUCUCCAGGGAAAGUGGAUAGUUUUCUUUCCUGAGGCUCUUCUGGAUGAUUUCUCUGAGUUGCUUUUGUUUGAGGCCACUGAGGCACAUCCUACUUGCUUUAUGUAUGGUGCUGGGGAGUGUAUAUGUAUCCAGCUGCCAUUAUCCUGAUAUUUGGGCCAGAGUUCUGCAAAGGAGAGACUCAGGAAUUUAAAGUGGCAGGAAAAUGUUUUCAUGUAAUGCUUCUUACUGUGACAGAAGUGUUGUGAUUUGGGAGAUAGGGGACUAAUGCUUAAAUAAUUGAGAAACUAAUUUUAAAUAGUGCCUGGGUUUUUUCCCCAGUUGGAUAAAUAAUAAUGUUUUAUAUAUAUAUAUCUCUAUAUAUAUUAAUAUAUAGAUGUGUAUAUAUAUAUAUUCAUAUGUAUAUGAAGAGCAGGGAAAUCUUAUAAUGGAUUUGAAAUCCCUCCGUAGUUAACCCUACCCUCAGUUUUUCCUUUGCACUCAUUGGGACAAGCAAUAAUGAAACGUUUAGCCUCGAAUUUUCAGAAAAAGUUAUAUUAGAUGCCCAAAUGCCAUCAAUUCUGAUAGUGGAUGGAUGCCUAAAUCUUUUUAACUGUUUUGACAAGUCUAGCUGCAACCCUUGUUAGUGUCUAAGGAUUUGUAGCACGUGCAUUCUUCAGAUGCACUGUGGGUUUUCCAUUCUGUGCUUUUGGAAGAAUUAACAGGAUCUUUUAUUUAAUUUUUUAAAAGAUCCUUAGCAUGUGUUGGGCCUGGAGAUAUCCAUGCUAAAAUUUUAUUGCCUUGAAUAACAAUUGCCUGAAUAACAGUUGCUCAGUCAUAUGAUAGUCUGAGGGAAGCACCCUCUUUCUUGAUGUGAAAUUUUUAAGCCCUGCUUUACCAGAGUCUGUUCUGUGACUCAUGGAGGUGGGACGAUGCCAAUUCAUUUACACAGCAUGCUAUUUCUCUUGAUCACUAGCCAGGCACACAGGACGGAGAGAUCCUAUCUUCUGUCUGUGCCAUCUGGUCUUAAAAGUGCUGAUGGCAAAGCAUUGUUGGGGUUGCUGUUGCAGCCCGAGGGAAUCACACAGUACAGGUGAUGGUUCUUAGACUCUGUGCCACAUUCUUUAAAAUGUGGGUCGUUUGUGUGCCUCUUGGUGAGCUCCCAAUAAUCGUCUCUGAGCUGAUGUGUGACCAUGAUAGUUUGAAUAAAAGGUCAAACCUUUGGAAGAGGCUCAGCUAAAGGACAUGUGAGAGGGAAUUUGUUGCAUCCUUUUGGGCAAAUUUUAGCACUGCUAUGAGGAUCUAUAUAGCACAGGAAGAGGGGAAACUCGGGAGAUUUUUUCACCAAAAAAUCUGUUUACACCCAUGUGUGGAUGGGGACUUAGGUGCUGUUACUGGAUCUGAAUUUUCUGGCUUUAAAUUAAUUUGGACUUCACUGUAGCCUUAGCCUGGGCUGAACUGGGAUAAAGCAAUAAUAAACUCAGGCCUCCUUAGUGCUUCAUUAGGUUUCAAAAUGGGCCAUCUGCAUUGUUGGGCUUGAACUCCAAGCUCUGCUCUUUACUCCUUGAAUGGGAUUAUCUUUUUUGUUCUGUUUUGUUUUCCCAGAGGGGAGGGAGAAUCAUGUUUUCUGUACAAAUCUCUUUCCUUUUUAUUUGUUGCUCUGUUGAAAGAGAUUCGUGCAAGCUGACUUUCCACUUCCUGAGUUGCCACUGUUGGUGCUGCGUCUCCUAGACCCCACUGCCAGCAGUGGCAGCCUGGCCAAGACCAGUAACCACUAGCAUCAUUUGGAAUCACAGGCCUCCGUUUUAACAUGUUUUAUUUUGUGGGAGAAUGUGUGCGACCCUGGUGGGAAUUUUUAAUUUACAUGGAUGCCUUAUGAUGAUUGUCAAAUUAAACUAAGCUUUGUGACAAGUUUAGCCUUUUUGGCUGUUUUUCAGUGUCCCUGCUAUAGACAUAUGGAAGAGCUAACUUGGUAUGUUGUCUUUUAUUUUGUUCUUUUCUGGAGUACAGCACAUAACGAGUUUGGAAGCUACUUAAAAGCUGCACAACAAAAAGUUUAAGAGGAGGCAAAAGAAAAUAAUCAAAAGUAAAUAUCAUUUGUUGUAUUACAACUGUCUGAAAUACAUCAGAUCAGCUGUGUGUUUGCAUAUACAUGCAUCAGAACAGGGAAAUGCUGGCUGAACCUAACAGACUAUUUUCUGAUUAAAGAAUGCAAGAUUUAAGUUAGUGUUUUUGUUCUCAUCUCUGUGAGAUCCCAUCAGAUGGCUAUUUUCAUGAGACUUGUUCUCUAAAACACAGAAGUAGAGUAGUAAGAUUUGUUGAAAAUAUUCCACGCUUCUUUAUUCAGGUACUUCAGCUCUUCCUAUGAACAAGGAAUGCAUUUUUAUUUUGAAGGGAUAAAAAAUUGGAAGCGUGUUUGUGGAGAUAAGCCUUCCUUUCGUUGAUACAAAAUAAAUUAAUGCUUCACGCAACUUUCUAUCAUGAUCUGUCAUAGACUUUAUGUUGACUGGAAAAUUAGACUGAGAUUAAGUCGAAACUGUUUAUGGGCCCUAUCUUUGCUAGGUUCAUUUCUGAUAUGUUAAAAUAAAAUACAGCAAAUCAGUUUUAUUUAAGCAGAUACCAAGAGAUAGUUAUCUUCCUUUUUCUGAAAAUCAAAGCUAUUAUUUACCUUGUUUAUUUCAUUGUGGCCUUGAGGAGGGUGAUACAGGAUCUAGAAAUAUCACUUGUGGAAAAGCUCUGAAGAGCUAAAUGCUUUAAUAAAAUGGAAUAUUACUAACUUUA